CUCUAUUAAUAGAGUACGACAGAUAAUAUAAUUAAAUAUCUAUGAAGUUAAUUGUAUUAAUAUAGUCUAUAAAGUAAAUAAUGAAGUAUGCCAGUGCUUGAAUUUUAACAAUGAAAUGUCUACAGUGUUUUAAAUAGAUUCAUGAUCUCCGAUAUCGGGCAUGUAAUUGGCACGUGAUCCAAACUGUUACAGGAAGUUAAAAUAUACAAGAAGUUAAAAUGUAAAAACGAAACUCCAUUCUCAAAAUAGCAUUUUACGCUUAAUUAGAGAAUUUAAAGUAAGUGAAAUGCUGAAAUAAAGAUUUGCAAAGCGUCGCCUUGAUAUCGAUGUGAAUUAUACGAAAGCACGAACCGGAUAUUCAAAUAAUAACUAGUGUGUGAACAUGGACUGGUAAUUUUGACAAUUACUCGCCAAAAUACAGAUGGAUAUGACAUUUCUUUAAUUUGCAACUUUUUUUUUAAUUGAAUGAUACGGAUUAUAGAAGUGUAUUACGUUGUUACAAUAGAAAAUAAACAUUCCACAAUAUAUUAUUCAGUUUAAAAAUUUUCAUUUCGAAAGUUGGAAAACCCAAUGAAAACUCCAGGAAUAAACAUGGUUACAUACAGACAGUAUAUAAUCAAAACCAUUGAAGUUAAACUAAAAGUUGUUAAGAGUUUGAUGUAAUUUUUUUUUCUUUUGGCUGUAUGAAAUAAACUAUUGUAUACAAUCAAACAGUCGACAUGGAUAUACCUUCGGAUUUAGACUCGAUUGUGGAAACAGACGAUUGCCCUACCAAUGUACAUGUGUCGAGCUCCGUUUGUACACCACAAAUUAUUUCGAAAGUAAGUGAUGCCACUUCGGACGAAAAAGAAGGACAUUAUAGCGAACUUUUAUCUGCUGAAAUCGAACUCAGCAAAGGAAAAGAGCAACGGAAACAAAAAGACUACUUCCAAGAAACGGGAUAUGUAACAAAGAGAUUAAAUGAUGUUAGCUUAAAUGACCGAUUAAUUACACAUACUACCGUGGAACAAGGUGAUUUCCUCAUUGGAAGCAUAGGGAAUUAUGACAUUGACGUAUUUAUAAAUGCAUGUACAGAUGCGGACGGUGAUACGCCACUACACUUGGCAAUCAUAUGUUUAUAUUCAAAAGAACAAAUCUCGCGCUUAAUAAAUACUGUUUUAAACACAUUCCCUGAUCAUGAUAUCUUGAAUCAUCAAAAUGACUCGUAUAGACAGACACCCCUUCAUCUGGCUGUGCUGACAAAGCGUACUGAUACUGUGCACUGUUUAUUGGAUUUGGGAGCGCAGACGACAUUUCAAGACAAUCAACUACGCACGCCAGCACACAUUGCCUGUGGAAACGGGGACAUAGAGAGUCUUAAGGCCUUGCUCGAAACCGAUGAAAAUAAACUAACGCGAUCUAUACGCCUCUACGACAACAAAGGCCAAACGUGUCUUCACAUUGCUGUUCUGCACAGUAACCUUGACAUAGCCCACAUUCUGUUAGACCACGGGGCAGACAUUAAUGCCCCUGACAGAAAGAGUGGGCGCACCGCUCUACACUUUGCCGUUGAGGCCGGUGACAUUAGCAUGAUCACAUUUUUGCAAGGGUACCCAGGAAUAAAAAUCGAUGCUCGGACAUUUGCGGGGGAAUCGCCGGCCCAACUAGCAUACGAAAGAAGGGCAACGAGGCCCGAAGUGGUUGAACAUCUUCAGCAUUGCCGCAUCUUGGAGGUCUCAUGUGGUCCUUCCGAUGACAAUUAUGAUGGCGGAGAUUGCGAUGAUGAUGAAGACGAUGUCGAUGAAGACAACGAGUGACAGAAGGUGACUGCACCUGAGUUAAGUGCGAUUCCGUCGCAUCUUCUACUCCUACAAGUCGUUAUGGUGGACGGAUGUGAUGACACACACGCCAAUCUGGUCAUGUGACUGACUCAGCUGUGGCUUGUAUAUGAGUUGGAUAGCAGAGAACUGAUUUCAAACUUUCGUUAUAACAAGCUACAUUAUGAAGGAUAUAGUAAAAAUAUUCCAAGAUAAAAAUACAUGACAUUGUACAUAAAUGCAUAUAUAUAGGCCAUUUGGUCAAGGUAACGGUCAUGCCACGUGCAUGUCAAACGUUACUCUGACAACAUAAUACAACAUCAGCACAAUACGUACUGUUUUGUAUGUGUCAUUUAUUGUGCCACCAAUGGAACACAUAAUAGUGUUUGAUCUAUUUCCGCGACUUAGGUAAGCAUAUAUGAAAUAAUGACUUUGUGAAUGUCUCGAAUAUGCACAGUACAUUUAAUAAGUGUUUAUGACCAAUGACUAUGCUGCUGUUCAGAUCAAAUCCGAUAUGUUUGUUUCAUUAAUUUGCUCAUUGAAUGUUUGUAUAUAUUGUAGCAUGCCAGAAAUGUUGUACAGAAAUAUUGAUAGAAAAAAUAAUUGUGUGUUGCUAAAUUAAAAACAAAACGUUCA